UGAGUACUUUCUGAACCCUCUGCCACUUCAAUUCCUUCCUUCCCUAGAACUCCCUGUACCACUAUAUAUUCAUUUCCUGAGUUCCGGCUUCUCUUUUUCUCUUUUAAACCCCUCUCCUAAACCCUAGUUCUCUCGUUCUCUCUCUACAAUGGCGAUAAUCUCAGAUUUGCAAGACGAUCAGGAGCAGCAGCAGCAACAGAACCAAGAGCAGAGUCCCUCAACGGCGCUGCCGUUCAGUUCUGUUUUGGAUCCUUCGACGCCUCUGGCGUUUCUUGAAAGCGCUUUCAAUUUUGUGGCGAAGGAGUCGGAUCUGUUUCGGAGCGAGGGGGCGGAGAAGGAUAUUUUGGGGCUGGUUCGGUCCGUGAAAGAGAGGGUGGCUGCGGAGGAGAGGAAGAAGAAGAAGGCGGCAGAGGAGCGCGGGGUCGAGAACAGUGGGAAGGCGGAGAAGCGACUGAAGGAGGAGCCUCUUCAAGUGAAGAAGGAGCCGGAGAAAGAGGUGGCGAAGAAAGUGGAAGAGAAAGAGGAUGAGAAUAAAGGCUCGCGAGCUCCAAAUAGAGGGAAUGGGCUCGAUCUGGAGAACUAUUCCUGGACACAGUCAUUGCAAGAGGUUACUGUGAAUGUUCCAGUCCCACCUGGAACUAAAUCUAGAUUUAUUACUUGCGAUAUAAAGAAAAAAUAUUUGAAAGUUGGACUCAAGGGUCAGCCUUUAAUCAUUGAGGGCGAACUUUUUCAGUCGGUGAAGGUUGAUGACUGCUUUUGGAGCUUAGAGGACCAGAAAGCUAUCUCUAUUCUUUUGACAAAGCAUGACCAAAUGGAAUGGUGGAAAUGUUUGGUCAAAGGUGAUCCUCAAGUUGAUACCCAGAAAGUUGAACCUGAAAACAGCAGGCUUUCUGAUCUAGAUCCAGAAACACGGCAGACUGUUGAAAAGAUGAUGUUUGAUCAGCGCCAGAAGUCUAUGGGCCUUCCAACUAGUGACGAGAUGCAGAAGCAAGAGAUUCUGAAGAAAUUCAUGGCUGAGCAUCCGGAGAUGGAUUUCUCGAGGGCGAAGAUAGCGUAAGUGGGAAGUUUUAUUUAUUUUCCCCUCACACCUUUAGAUGGAUUGGUGAGGGUGCCAUGACAUGAGCCGCUGUUCUUUUUGCAUUUUUUUUUGGGGAGAUGAUGAUAAAACAAUGUUCAUAUGGGUAGUAUUAUUAUUAUAGACUAGUUGAUAUUUUGAUGGAGAUGCUGCUGGCUUUAUCAGAAACCUACGCCAAAAAAAAAGAAAAAGAAAAAUCACUUGUUAUUUAUCUUUGGAAUGAGGGGGAUGAUGCGUUUUUCAUAGCUGUCAAGUAUUUGUUGAUGGUCGUAAAGCAUGAGAAUGUGAAUUGUAGUGAAGAUUGUCAGGAAUGUAGGCGUGAUUUUUAUAUUAAUGUUUGAUUCAAA